GUUUUGUAACAGCAACCUGAAACGUCUUGACGCCAAGCCGCCUCCUCGCGCACCUUCCCGCCAGUCCGUGCGGUGUAUGGAUGUCCAGAGGGUUCAUAAAUGUCGACAUCAUACACUCCCAUUGAGCCGCAUGCUCAACAGAAGGUUCUCACUACCGUAGAACCAGCUGCAGAUGACGACGGAGUGUCCCCCGAGGAAGAAGCCGACGAGGACGACACGCCGACACCCUCCCACCGCGAACGGUUUGAAUGGUUUGAUGCAAAUCCAGACCUCGAGGAGUGCUGCACUGCGAACGGUCUCACGCGGAAGCAAUUUGUCCGUCGCGGGGACCGCGUGACGUCGCUCGAGAUGUUCCUCGGGUUCUGGGCGUCCAUGCGGUCGGUGCGGUACUUUGGGUUGCUGCAGCACUUGUCGAUAGUCAAGCACCCGACGAUCACGACCAUCGACGGUCUGGAAUGCUGUCCGCUACUGGAAUCCCUUCGCAUCAUCGAAUGCGGCCUCACGCAUAUUUCGAAUCUCAGCGCGUGCGUCAAGCUCACGCACAUCAAUUUGAGUUCCAACCACAUUGGGAAGAUCGAAAACCUAUCCACCCUUACGUCGCUCCAAGUGUUGUGGCUUAACGACAACCACAUCCGACGACUCUCUGGGUUGAGCGAAUGUGUUCAACUCAAGCAGCUUUGGCUGGCCCGUAACGACCUCGACGAGCUCGAGUCGGGCUUUGAGGCCAACAAGCUGCUCGAGGAUAUCAACGUUGCCUCCAACCGACUGCACUCAUUUCAAUCGCUCCACGGGCUAAACAAGCUCCCCGCGCUUCGGUCGCUCAGCUUGAGCGAUCCCCACUACGGCGACAACCCCGUGUGUCGGCUGUGCAACUACCAAACGUACCUGCUCUGCCAGCUGCCGGCGCUGAUAUACCUCGACACGAUCGAGCUAACAUCUACCAACAAGCAAGUGGCCGACACGACGCUCAUCAAGAAGCGCAUGUACUACAACAUGCGCAUCAAAACCAUCAAGCGCAACGUGACCAACUGCGUACGCAAGGCGCGGGCUUGCUUUACCGACCACGUCCACUACCUCAACUUUAACCUGAACGCGCUCAUGCGGGAGCUAAGCGACUUGGAAAAGGAGCUUCACUUGGAAACGCUACCACCGUCGGCUGCCACGCUGUCAUCCCUGCCCAACUUGCCCAACAACGCCCUCACCAUCAAACGCGACUGCAUCGCCCAGUACAUUCAAGAAAAGAUGACUGUGCUGCACUCGAUGACGGCCGCGUUUCACUCGCUCGUAGCUACGUUGGCACUGCUCAGUGAAAAGACCAUCCGGCGACUCGUGCUCGAGCUCAACACGGGGGGAAACAUCCGACUCGAAGACGGCACAUCCGCCGACGUGUGGUACACGAGUUGUGUCGACUUGGUGAAAUCCCGCGCGUUCGUGGCCGACCUGCACGUGUUUGGCGUGCGAGACGUCCACGUACUCCGCGUCGCCCGAAUCAACAACCGGUACCUGCGCAACCGGUUCCAAGAACGCAUGGACCAAGUGCUGGACGGGCCCGACGACCACGUCAAGGAGAACGUGACCAAGCGAGGCGUGACCGUCAAGGACUCGGCUGCGGCGGCGACCGCCAAGACGGGGGACGGAAGAGUGCUGGAAAACGCGCUCGAGUACUUGUUCUACUCACAGCCGCCGAUAUUGGACCACAUGGCGACUCCGGGUGGCGUCACCAUGCGCGAACAAGAGCACGCUGUCGAGUGCGGACUCCGCGCCGUGGACGAGUAUGCGGGGGUGGCGGACGGCGGGAUCAAGCUGUCCAACUCGCUGGCGGCGCUCGACUUGCCGCGGUUGGCCACGGCGCUGCAUGUAAAAGGCACAAACCGUAUCGACCCGACGGAAUUGGCCCCGUUCGAUGCGUUUGGGUGGGACACGCCGACGGAGCUGACGCUGCCGAUGCGGUCCGCGUACCGCCGCGGGGACUGGAGGUUGCCGCCGGGGGUGGUUCUGAUCGCCAAGGUGUUCCUGGGUCACACGCGGCAAGUGCCAAGCAUGUCCAAACUCGCGCAGGUCCAGCAAGAGUACGCCGCCGACGGAGGCGACUUGCAGUGUCUGCAGGUGACCAAACCCGCCGACCCCAAGCAAAAGUGCUACUUUGUGCUGGACGAGGCGCUGAUAUUGCCAGAGUACUUGGUCGAGUACGAGUAUACAAGUAGUACCACCAUGAGUAGUUGUUGUCGGGAUGGAAUGGGUGGCCCAGACAAGGUUGCCAUAGACACUGCUUUGAAACCAGACACAGAAGCGCUUCAAGACAUGGGCGAAGCGUUCGUCCUCACGGAUGCAUUUUACAACAAGUACAAGCUCACGUUUGCAGAGCCACUUCUAGAGCAACACUUGCUCGAGGACAGGUCCAAGGGGCUGAUCCAAAUGGACCCGGCGAUCGCCCGUCGCCAUGCCGUGAUGGGUCACAACGCCGCCGCUACGAUUACGCCGGCGUUCAUCUUGGAAACGUCCAGACAACAGGAUCUGACGCUCAUGGUGGAGCUCAACCUGACGAGCUGCGGGUUGAAGUCGCUCCACGGGUUCAUCGCGUGCCCGCUCGUACACCUUGAGAUGCUCGUGCUCAGCUUCAACGAGAUCCGCCGGAUCGAAUGCCUGGACGGACUCGUGGCGCUGCGGGUACUCGACCUGGGCUACAAUAUCCUCCGGGGCAUCGAUAACGUCACCGGACUCGCUGCGCUCCAGUCGUUGCUAUUGAACAACAACCUGCUCUACCGCUUCGACGACGUUCAAGCUUUGAGCCAUCUGCAUCUUCGCACGCUUGACAUGCGCAACAACGCCAUCUGCGAUGCCAAAAGGUAUCGGCUGCAUGUGCUUCAGCGGUUGCCGCAGCUGCAUACCCUGGACAUGGCACCAGUGACAAAGACCGAGCUAGACACCGCCAUGAAAUUAUGUACAGCCCUAACGCCACUCAAGAUCUGGACGGGGUCUCGGCUUGCGAAUACCCGCCAACGGGGGGUGGUGUCGACGCUGGACUUGUUUCAAACAACGUAUGGCAAGAAGAAGCGACCGACCUCUACUCGUACACAAAAUGCGACAACGUUUGACCAGGAUGCGAUGAUGUUUGACGAAGACGGCGCGUGGUGGAGCGAAGUGGACGAGCUGCACGUGAACCACGAGCUGCUGACCCAGCUGACCCACCUGGACAGACUCACGCAGUUGCGCGUAGCUUCCUUCUCGGACAAUGACAUCACGUACAUCGACGGCCUCGGCAUGUGCACCCGCAUGGAGGAACUUGAGCUGGAUAACAAUCAAAUCAUGACGAUUGAAAACUUGGACACGCUCGUGCAGUUGCGUGUAUUGGACUUGGGCAAAAACAAACUCACGAGUUUGAAAAACCUCGACGCACUCGUCAACUUGAAACAACUGUCGUUGGAAGACAACGAGAUUACGUCGUUGCAAGGGUUGACGCAUUUGGUGCGGCUCAUGGAGCUGUACAUUGGCAACAAUCACAUUUCAAACCUCAAGGAAAUCCUGCACUUGAAAUCACUGCCCAAGUUGAUCAUUGUCGACUUUUCUGGCAACGGUCUGUGUGCUGACGACGAGUACCAACUGUACACGAUCUACAACCUCCGCCGUGUUAAAGUACUCGACGGGGUCAGCGUCACAGCCGAACUGCAAAACAAAUCCAAGCAAGCGUACAGCGGCAAGCUCACGACGGACUUUUUGAUCGAAAAGAUCGGCCACGCGUUCAAUCGGAUCCAGGAAAUGGAGCUGUCAAGUUGUCGGAUCCGAGAAAUUGGAUCCCUUCACGGCGACGUGUUUGUCAACUUGAAGGACCUGAACUUGGAAAACAAUUUAAUUGCCGAUAUUUCCGGACUGGAAAAGCUCCCGAAAUUGAGGGUGCUCAACUUAAACAGCAACAAAAUCGACCGACUGGACAGCGUCGGCCCUGGCACGGGCGUCCUCGCAUGUCCCAAGCUGGAAAACUUGCAACUGGCCAAGAACGUUGUCACAGAUAUGCUGAUGCUGGGGCUGCAGCACCUCCCAGACUUAAAGGUGCUGAAUUUGGAGUCGAAUGACAUUACGAGCAUUGCGGGUCUCUCGUCGUCGCGCGAACUCAAGGAGCUACACCUAAGUAAAAAUAAAAUCCGCCAGUUUGAACCUCCCCCUGGUCUGUCGCUACCAAAUCUCGUGCUGCUCAAGGUCGACGACAACAGUCUCCGGUCCCUUGCCAACUUUUUCUCGUUGCCGCGGCUGCAGGCCCUAGACUUGUCUAAUAACCGACUGGCCGACAUGGAAGAAAUCGAGCGGCUGCACCUGGUGCUGCCGAUCCUCCAGGAAAUGUGCAUCCAGAACAACCCAGUGACCAAGCGACACCUGGCUCGGUCGACCAUCAUCUUUCGGUACCCGUCGCUGAAGACAUUAGAUGGCAAGGACAUCACGUUGGAAGAGCGCGAACGCAUCGAAAUUUUGUUUAUGCACGACCGAAGUCUGGUGAAUCCCACACUACCGUUGAACCUCCAGACCCCGCCAAUGCAAUCGUCGAGUAAAACCAGCGUCAAACUCACUGCGAUGAGCUUUGACUCGCUCACGGGCAGCCAGCGCCGCAAGUCGGCCAACCCCAGCAACAACGGCGUGACGCUGCUCCCCCAAGUGCCGCAGUCGUUGCAGUCCCCGAUGUCGUCGACCCGCGAUGAAAAGGACAAGGCGCGCGACUCGGUGGAUUCGAAAGAAGACAGGAGAAAAGUACUCCCAGAUACCCUCGUGAGCAACAAUCCGAUGAUGAAUUCCGGACUCAACAUGGCAUUAAGUACCAGCUUUGCAUCGUUUAGCCAAACCAAAAGCCUCGCCCGUCCAGGAGACGCCAUGUACAGUAGCCCCAUCGCGCCACAGAAAACGACCUACUUGGCCCAACCCACGGGCCACGUCUUCAGCUCCCGACCACCCCCAGGAAGGAAUGCCGGAUCGAAGUAGUACCUACCACCCAUCGAUUAAGCUUAUCCUUUGCCAUUAUCACGUGCAUUCGGUACUUUUAUGAGGCAAUAUUAUUGAGUAGUACUACAGUAA